ACAAAACCAAAUCCCAAACCAGCCAAACAAAACAAGUUAAGGCUGUUGCCACUUGAUAUGAAAUACUUUUUUUCCUUUCUGUUGCUGCUUUGACAUUCCCUCCUGCUGCCACGCAAGGGUCUGCUAAUAAAGGCCGCACCUGCAGGACCUGGAAGGGUGUGUUCCACGUUUGUAACAGCUUUUUGUCUCUUGAGCUCAGAUCUGGUAUUUCCUCCAAGUCUGGAACAAUAACCCGGUGAUUCAACUCAGUGUGACGCCACCAGAGGGGGCUUUGUCACAGCUGAUACAAAAAGGUUUGAAGUAAGAUGAAAACUGUUCUUACCAGUGCCUGUAAACUUCUGGGUAGUGAUUACACGUUGCGGGCAGCAGCCGUGUACCUUGGUAUAGUUUUGUUUCUUUCGUUUGUUCUUACGAACCCUCUGCUUUAGUCUCCUUCAGAAAAUUAUCCCGUAGUACUUUGUGGCAGGGAUGCCAGGAUGGCAGAUCUGUAUUUCCCACGGUUUUCAGAGUCCUGGCUGUAGGAUCGCUACAGUAACGUAAUGGGUUUGGUUUUGUGGGCGACUCCAGUGAAUUCUGAAGGUGAUCAUCAGAUUACCUUUCAAACAAAUUUGAUUCAAACGUGGUGGUUCUACCUCUGUUUCUGCCAGCAGCAGGAGCCAGGCGAACCCUUUCCUGCUGUGAGAAUUUGGUCUGCUGGGCGUUACUGAGCAGUGAGGACAGCGCUGUGUCAGGGAAAGGGAUGCGUGGAGGUGGCAAACAAGUGGCGUGGAGGUGUAGAGCGCACCCCGGCCUCAGCAAGGGGAAGGAACGGUGCUGUGCCGCCGCUGCCAGCCUCAGCGAGGAGAUAAGGGACAUCAGGGUGCGUGCAGGGUGACUUCACCCGCCCCCACGGAGCCGGCGCUUGGGAAGAAGCUGGAUGUUAACAUCCCAGUGAACACUGUAGUCAUAUUUGAUACUGAACAAAGUAUUUAAUGGCCUAGAUAAAAGCAUUCUGGUUGUUUAAUUGGAAAUGUCUUGCUGUUUUACAUAGACCUAGUGCCCUAUUUUUAUGAGAUUUAGAAUUGUGCUGAGAAAUUGUUUCCAUGGAAGCAGAGAUCACUAAAGAAAUAAUGCUCUCCACAUUUCCUACAGGAUUAUUCCUUUUACAGCCUGCUGUUCUAAAUAAUUAACUCUUGUAGUGCCAUUACAUCUUAGCAUGGAUUAAAGGAAAUAAUACUUUUUAUUUUUUUAGUGUCACAGAGAUAUUUUUAUAUAUAUAUAUAAAUAUAUAUAUAUGUAUAUAGGUAUUUGGAAUUUUGUCUUUAAAAUACGUCUGUUCUGUCCUUAUUUACAGAGGGGGAAUGCCACCAGUGCAAAAAAAGUCAAUGGAAAAGUGCACUUUCUUUGGCAAUUUAUGCAGCUCUGUCAGGGAAACUUAAAAUUAUUCUUCCUUUGCCCUUCUUGUGCCUGAGCUUUUUCUUGUUCUCUUGUUCUACGCUUUUUGCUUGGUGACGGGUAUAUUCUAAAACCAUCGUCAUGCUUCUGGCCACCUCGGAGGGAAGAGACAACACAGAUUUUAAUUCAGGUAACAGCAAUGAGAAUCUUCCGCCAGCAGGGAAAAGAGACCAUCUCGUUUAGUUACCCAUGUUUUUUCUUCCACAUCUUACUUUUGACAAACCAGUCAAUUUUUCUGUACUUCCCUGUAAGUGUCUGUAAAAAGGGGAAACUGUCAAAUGAUAAUACAAGGCUGCGACCAAACAUGAAUGUCUGUAAACAUCAUACAAGAAAAGUACUAAUUACCAAAAAGGCCCGUUAACUGCCCGUCCAUACGGGGCUUUCUGGGCAGGAGGGCAGCGCAGCCCUCGGCUGUAUAGACGUUGCCGUCGCUUCACUGAAGGCAGUUGUGGGCUGUAAGGUUACGGCAGUUGAGGCUCUCUCCUCCAGAGAGAAGAAAAACAGAACGUACCCUCUCUGAAGUUCUUGAUGUGAAACAAAAUAAAGACAAGAGAUGGGUAUGUAGGUGACAGUUCAGUGGAUUUUGACGUUGAAGGAAGGAUGUAAAAUUUUUUUAAAAAAGCAGAUUACUAUAGGUAAUAUAGGUAAUUAAUUUUUAGAAAUUAAAAAUGGGAAAAGAGUUACCAAACUAUUAUCAAAGAAUCAUCAAUAUGACAACUUGAAAUACCUAGCAGUUUUAAUAAUAAUUUUAACUCCAGAUCUCAAUUCUUUUCUGAGAAAGGUAACUACUGUUAGGGGAAACGGAGAGGUGUGAUAACGCACUAUAAAGGAGCCAAGAAUUAUUUGAAGAACUUGCCUCACCGUUGCUCCUUCAAGAGGCGUAUGUUUCUGUGGCUUAUUUAGAAAUAGGUCCAGCUGCAAAGUUCAGCUCCAGAUUGUGCCCUUCUCUGGUGGCAGAGGGUAUUUACGUUGGGGAGCGUUUAAUUUUAAACCGAUACUGUGUUACAAAUACUCUCUGGCAGCCAGGAUAAGUUCCCACUGUUCACGCUGACGCAAGCCAUGGCUCCCAGGAGCCCAGCUUGCGUUGAUUUGAAGCGGGGCAGGCCCUCAGGAAAGCAGCAGCACAGGUAGAAGGAGCUGAUGUAUACACUGUUCUGUGGUCGUUACUGGUCCCAAAAUAAUGAUUUAUAAAGUGUCUGACAGUGUUUGACAAAUCAGAUGAAUGGGACUUGCUUAAUGCAAACUGGAAAAUAUCUUUCAGCAGCUGCCCCAACACAUGGAAGCGGUAACUCAUGCUUUGUAGAUCAUUAGGACGCUUGGGAGCUACUGGAGUGUACUGCGAAAGGCAUUACUCAAAGUUCAGAUUGAAAAAUCUCUUCAGAAACAGCUAACAACUCUGUAAAGGUAAUGCAAGCAUGAAAAUCGUCAUUCCUAGUAUUGCCUUGGGAUGAGCACAGGCCAGAGGAAAGGAGCGAGAGAAGCUUUCCGUGCUGGAAGGCGAGACUGCGCUCCUGUGCCCUGUCAGUAGGAGAGCAGCCAUCAAACUGAUGAACAGCCGUUCCUCCGGAGUUGGCAGCUGCUCCAGGGUUCUGUUGCAGCAUACACAAACGUGUAUUUGCAUAGUCCAUACAAAGCCUGAAGAAGGAAAAGGACAAGCUGCUUGUGCUUUAGUCCAGAAGGGAAGCCCAGGGUAGGAUCUAUGUUUCAGGUUGGCUUUUGUCUUUUCCCUGUUGGUUCCUCAUCAAGGAAGAGGGAUGGCAGGCAGCUGGAGGCAGGCACCAGUGCCGCUCCCUGCCAGGUAAGAGCUGAAAGUGCAAUCUGUUGACUUCUCUAGAAUUUGGGUACAAGAUGCCAGUUGUUUUUGAAGGAGAACCUGUUUGGUGGGUCUGAUUUGAAUCUUGAUAAAGGGAGCAGCACACCAGCAUGUACAAACGAGUAAACUCCAUGAAUGGAUUAAAGCUUCAGCUAUUGCCUGCUGUCACCCAGGACUUCAUCCACGCUUUUCACCUGCAAUAUGGAGCCUCUCUUGGGGGUUUUGCUGGGUUUGAUUCUGGCGGCAGCUUCAUCAGCGCAGAACAACUGUACCUGUGCGACCAACAAGUGGACAGUGUGUGCCCAGGACGGAUCUGGGAACUGCACCUGCGUGCUGGUAGGUUCAAAUCACAGGGUAGACUGUUCAACGCUGACUUCAAAAUGCUUGCUGAUGAAGGCAGAAAUGACUCCCCUGAAGGAGAAGCGCUUCUGGGGCCAGCCCCGUGUGCUGUUAGAUAUUGAUGGCAUUUACAAUCCAGACUGCGAGGACAGUGGUGUCUUCAAAGCCAGGCAGUGCAAUCAAGCAGCUACUUGCUGGUGUGUGAACACUGCCGGAGUCAGAAGAACUGAAAAGGGUGACAAAAGCCUGAGUUGCGGUGAACUGGUUAGAACAAGCUGGAUCUACAUUGAAAUGAAGCACAAAAAAAGGUCCCGUGCCUUCAAUGUUACCAACAUAGAAGACGCCCUGAGACAUCUGUUUGAGAGCCGAUACAAACUGCACCCCAAGUUCAUCACAGCCGUGAAGUACAAUUUCCCGCUUAUCCGAAUCCAGCUGAACCAGCAGGGCUCUGAGAAAUCAAGGUGUGACGUAGAUAUAGCUGAUGUGGCCUAUUACUUUGAAAAAGAUAUAAAAGAUGACUCCGUAUUUCGUUCUAACAGAACGUUAACUGUCAAUGGAGAUGCUCUGGAUAUUGAAAAAAUAAGGAUUUACUAUGUUGAUGAAAAGCCCCCGCAGUUUUGCAUGAAACAGCUGGCUGCUGGCGCGAGUGCUGUGGUGACAGUGGUGACAAUGGCUGCUGGCUUUGGCAUCGCUGUGCUGGUUAUUCUGAGGCGGCUGCGGACAAGAAAAUAUGAGAAAAUUGAGAUGAAAGAAAUGGGUGAAAUAAGAGCACCAAGCUUACAGCUGCCCUGAUCUGGAAGAAAAAAAAAAAAAAAAAAGGCAUCUGAAAAAAGAAAGGCAACAAGAAGGGAAAAAAAACCAACCAAAAAACAAAAGGCACAAGAUACAAACAGCAAACGGCCUCAGUGUGUGUGGAUGGAUUUGGAGAGGUUUUUUUCCUUUUUAGAGGAAUUUAUACAGUGAUUGUUCUAAAUUAUUCUAGUUUAGUAAGAAUGGCUUUUGUGUAUAAACUAAUCUGGGUGUCAGUUACCUAAAUAUUUUAAAUGACUCCCAAAUUAGAGGCUAGGAAAACUGUUACAGCUGUCUAUUUAGCAUAACGUAGAAUGCUUUCGCUUGUACUGCAGGCCUCGUUCAGCUUGCUUAAAUAAUCUUUGAGUGGUUCUUGGUGUAAUUGGGUUAUACAGCUGCUUUUCUGUUGGUAAAGACUUUUUAAAUGUGGGUGGGUUGGUUGGUUGGUUUGUUUUAAGCUGCUGGAACUCCUUAAUCGACAAACAAUUUUGGAAAUAUUACUAAAUAACCAAAUAAGGUUGUGAUAAGAUACUCAACGGCACCAGAGGCUUUUAUACAGAGUCAUUUGUUAGGAAACAUCGCUGCGGUCUCUUCCAGGUGUGGGAUCCCAAGUUUCCGAGUUUGUAUUCAGGCAGCACCGUGAGCUAUUCCCACUUGUGCUCUUUAACAAGGGUCUGACACUCCCCGUCAGCAAAGAUCCCUUGAUCCCGCUGCAAGAGUGAGUUCACCUUGGGGUUCUGCCCAAAUUCAAACUCUGGGAACAGCUUUCUGUCUACCUAAAUUCCCCUUGCAAUUUUAAUGGGAGGAGAUAUUUUUCAGUAUUGUACAGCUUCACAGGAGUACUACACAAUGCUUCAGGACAAGCUGAAAAAGAGCUUUAUUCUAGUAGAGCUGCGGGGGGAAUUUAAGAGCAAAGUGUAAUUACUAAAGGUGGAAUCUGGCCAAGACACUAGAACUGGACUUCUUCGCUACCUACUCAUCUGCUGCUUUCCUUGUUUGGGAGGUCAUAUCCACCGUGAAGGACAUUUUAAAGAAAAUAAUUCUAGUUGUUAAAUAUAGAAAUAUUGGCAGUUACAUUCUCUGUACGGUGUACGGAUGUCGUGAAGUCCCAUCCGUCUAAUCUGCUUACAUUCAAAAUGAGACCGCAACACAGAGGCACUGCACCAGGAUCAGCUCUUUUAUUUUGCUAAUUAGUUUCAACAUUACUAGUUUGUAAUUCUAAUAACAGUCAGUAAUGAGCUACUUCUAGGGCAAACUAUUAAAUAUGCAUCUCUGAUUCUACUCAAUGAAUCGGAAACCAGGAAAAAAAGUGAAGAUGCUUUGAUUCUGUUUCUGCCUUUGUUCAUAUCGAAGAGAUCUGCUGUUCGUAGGGGUGGGAGUGUUUGUUUAAUAUUUUUUUAGCUCAACAUCCACCAUCUCCAUUUAAUCUCAUUCUUGUUCACUUACCUGCUGGAAACACUUGGGCUUUGGCUACAUAGGAUGGGGCGGAUACAUCACGUUUCCCCAAAAUUAGAUUUUUAUGCAAUUGCAUCAGCAGUAUUAAUGAACUCAACAACUUUUGGAGCGGGGUCUAUAAUUUAUUGUGUGCCUUAUGGCAACGUGCCCAAGCUGGUUGUGUAUCAGUCAAGUAUAUACAUUAGUACUGAUAGAAGAUGAAGUGAGAAUUUAAUAUCGAGGUUGAAUUUUCCCAAGUCAUAGGAAAAUAGAGAACUCAGCCUCACUCCACGCAAUUUUGCAAUUAAGCUUUUAUAAAAUGGAUUAAAUUAAAAAUCUAGAGCUGAGCAGCCCUCAGUGAUGAAGAAAUGUAGCAUCAGAAUGAAAAUUUUCCAAGUAAGUACAGUCCUUAACCACUUCCGUAACUUAUGCAGAGCUGAUAAAAGCUAUGUGCUUGAGAGGUUGGUGCUUUCCUUCCAUCAGGGAAGAUCAUGAGCUGUGCUAUCUUUUCUAGGGAUCUACUGUGGUUUUCAACAUUCUUUUAAAAUCGCUGCAUUUUUCUUAUUUCUGUCACAAGAAAUAAAAAAAAAAUUCAAGGUGAAUGAUGAGAUUUUGUAUUAAACAUGUAGGCGUAUUUUGAUUAGGAGAGGCAAAAGUGACUAACUGUUGAAAAAAAACAGGUAAGAGUUUCAGCAUUUCUUUGGCUCUUGCCUUUCUUUUUAGAAGCGGAGAUUGAGAAGAGAGGCUGUUGUGGUGCCAUUCAUAUUUUUGUUAAUCAUUAAAGGACUGCUCUAUGAAAAUCCUGUGUUGUGGCCAGUUAUUUCCUUGCUGGUCAUGAAGCACCAGUAGAGUGCGUACUGCUAGGGGACUGGAAAUGCACUAGGGUUGUUUAAUAGGUUGUUUAAUAGGAGUGAUAAAGUAUGUGAUAAUGUAUGUGUCUGCAAUUAAUCAAAAGAAUGAGAAGAUUAAUGGCUGUGCAGAGCUCAGAGACCCUCUCUUUUGGAUUAGAGCAUUCUACUUGAAUAAAGCUUUGUAAAGCUACUGUAGAAUCUGGACUUUAAUAAACCAAACAUACCCGUUGCUCCUGCUACAUACUCAUUCCUCUCCUGCUGCUCCAGUCGUACCAUCUCUUGGGCUAUAUAUUAAUAUCUUUUUUGCAUGUGGUAAAUCAAGUAUUUUACUGUAACAGUUCGUGACGUUCAGCUGGUUUGACUUUCUGUCCAGUGCUGUUCUCACUGAAAAGGAGAAAAUGAGUUCCUUGUCAGCUUUAAAUUUUGAAAAUUUAAAGUUCUCUUUUAUUAUUCAUUCUAAUUUAGAAAUUUCUAGUUAUCCCUUUCCUGAUUACAUCAUCCUGUUUUAAUGGUGUGUUUGUUCAUUGUCUUUAAUUAGGCUUCAUACUCUUUGCAGUAGGCUCUGUGGGUACAGCCAGCAUGGUGACAGUGAUGGUGGUUUUCUGUUGUAGACGGCGUUGGCCAACAGCUUUUAAGUAGUGCCCUGAACAGCGUGAUUAACAUCAGUCUUCUGUCAGUUUCUGUGGGGUCUGCUCCGGCAUAAACGCAUUCAGGGGAAUGUUUUAUUUUAGAAUACUGUUUUAAUACUCUGUAUGUAUAAAAGCAUAUGUAUUUAUGCAUCUAUCUGUGGGUAGAUACAGAAAUAAACCCGUAGCUGAUAUGAAAGAUGCCUUUCUGCUGUCACCCACCUGUAUGAGGUAACAGUGGCUAUGCUUGCUUUAACCACAGUAGAGCUGUCUGCUGUCUAAAUUACGUUCUGCAAUUCCAACUGCUGAAGGGCUGCCUUAGAAAGCUCAAAAUAACCACUGGUAGAGAACAAAAAUUCUGUCUCUGUGCUAAGGCUCUGAAGAGGACAGUGCUGCCACCUUCGUGCAACUGCACAAAGUGGGUUUGGGCCUUUGCUUUUAACUUUUAAUUAAAACUUUUUUAACCGCUCAAGAUCUGAGGCAAGUGCCAGAAGCAAUGCCAGCACUACAGCAAGGAAAUGAAAGAUAAGGACUCAUGGAAGGAUUAAAACCCUCUUAAACUCUGUUCCCUCUAUUCCCCCUGGUAAAAUCCAUGCCUGCUUAUAUAUGCAAGUAUGUAUUCUUGAACGCAUUGACAUAAAAUCCCUGCAUUAGUUUGCAAAUGACUGGUGUGCGUACACACACGUCCAUUCCCACACCUAUACUUAAGGACACACACGUGACUAUUUAUGUUAGAGCAGGCAAGCCCCAGGGAAAGCUAUGUGGCAGCAGAUCCUACAUUGCAUUCAGCCAGCCUGCAGCCUGCUCUAGCCCUUAUCAGUGGCAAAAUAACACAAACCUGCUGCUGUUUUGGAACAAAAAAGAAUCCCCUCCUGGUCCCACCUUCCCCCGAUUAAGAAUAAUCUCUUUAUGGAUGUUUAGACUGGGAUUAUGACCAGAUUAGGUUAACGAUGUGGAACAAAAUGCCUGCCACAUAAAAACACCCAACCCCUCUCUUCUUGUUUAGAUGGUAAAACACCAGCAUGUCUGUGAUGUUAAGCACUUAAUGGCAACUAGAGACAAGAUCCCCUCAACAGUCCUUAAAAUAUUUAAAAUUUGGGGAAUCACCUUAGAAAAAACAAACCAAUUUAUUGCUUGCGUAUCAAAACCAUUUUUUCAUUGAAUAGUUAAAGAAGUAACAAAUUGGCCCUUCAUCCACUUCUCCUUAAUUGGACCAGUUAAUGCUAUUAAGCAGAUAGUCUUCCUCGUGCAGGUAUAAUUAUCCUUUCCAAAGCAUUUCCACUGAUUUGCCUCAGGGUUUUAAGUACUGCAAUUACCUCUUUUUUUUAAAUGCUAAAAUUAAUCUUAAGUCAUUACAGUUACUAUUAAAGCAGGAAAAAUCAACUUACAGAACUUUUACAAUUAUUAUUCAGCAGUUCUAACAAAAUUCCUUGUACCAGGAUUUAUCUAGUUAAAAUUUCAUAUACGCCAGACAGCCUGACAAGAUUCACAUCUCGUUUUCAUGACGAUCCCUAUUCUCCGAGGAGUAACACUCUUACAGUCCUACUCCAGCACAAAUCAAGCGCCACAGAAACAAUUAGGGAGACUUUGUAUUAUCUAAAUGAAAGACUGAAUGAGAAUAAAUUUCUAAUUUUCCACUGAGAUUUUCACAUGUGGGUCCAACAGUACUGGUGGCAUAUGCACCCAACCUUUUGCGGCUUUUUUUUUUUUUCCCAAAUAAACAUCUGUCCUUAAAAGGCUUGAAAUGAGAAAUCUCAGCAUUUUUGCUAGUCUGGUUGCACC